CAAAAACAAACCCGUUUAUUGACGUUCGAAACUAACUUACCAACACGCAUAGCGCCAUAAUUUCACAAUGAACCCAAAACAAACUAACAUAAUAGCGGAUUGUAUUGUUAUAAUAAUGUCAACAAAGUUUUUACUCUGUUUUAGAGCAAUCGCCGCGGCAACCUUGCUAAGUUAAGGAGCGCAACAGUUUGUUCCUGCAACGCGCGCGCGUGCUCUUCUUGCAUUUUGUUAGGUUAUAUCUCCGCGCUCGUCUAACCAGUCGUCCGGCGUUGUCUAUGCGGGGUUAUCGCGUCGCGUUUUUGUCCGUAAACUUAAACUUGCGUCGAUAUUUACCGAGAAAUGUUGUAUAUUGUCACAAAACUAAUUGUGUUGGCCUAAUGUGAUGUUGCGGAGUGUGUUUGUGUAUUAGUGUGGAUGUUAUCAAGUGAUUUAAAGUGCAUUUUCUCAGUGAUUCAUCUGUUGAACGAGAAAUUCAGUUAAGUUCGUCAUAGAUGUAGUAUGGUAUGGUUAUGAUGGUGUGUAACAACGAAAGUAUUUUGUGAACGUUGGCAUUUUUGGACCCGCUCUAUCGCUUCUCAAACAAAGAUUGAGGAAAAAGGUAAAUGACAAUUCCAACGCUGUUUAGAAAAUGAGAAUUACUUCAAAUAGAGAUGCGAACCAGUCCUGAAAGAGAUAUCUAAUGUUAAUAAGGUCCAAAACUCGAGCCAAAAUGCUGCAGGAACACUUGAAGAAACUUCUCAUCUUAAAUAUACUAGCUGCAACAAUGGCAGUUCCCGAUUUUACGACCAAUUGCCCGAAAGAAUGCAAAUGCGUCUGGGCCAGCGGCAACAAACAAGCGGACUGCUCCAAAUCAAAUCUACAAGAUAUACCAAAAAAUUUAAGCUCCGACAUACAAAAUCUAGAUCUCAGUGGCAACAAUUUCUACGAAAUCACUAUGUACGCUUUCGAAGACACGAAACUGAUCAAUCUCAAGAAACUCGUACUAAGAGAUUGCAAACUGAAAACGCUACAGAAAAACGCCCUGAGCGGUCUCGCAAUCAUGAUCGAACUGGAUUUAUCCAAGAACGAAUUGAAAACGCUGUACGCGGACACAUUUACAGACGCGAAGAAAAUCCGAUGGCUCUUUUUAAACGAUAAUCAAUUGGAAAAAUUAGAGGACGGACUCUUUAACAACUUUGAAUACCUCCAGAAAGUGGAUUUGAGCAAUAAUCGUAUCGCCACAAUCGGAAUGAAGACUUUCCUUAACGUUCCCAAGCUGAACACUUUGAGCUUGAAUAAUAAUAAAUUGGAAAGAUUGAAGAUAGACGCGCUGAGUGCAUUGACUACGUUAUCCAACUUAGAUGUGCACGACAAUCCCUGGCGGUGCGAUUGCUAUCUGCAGCCUUUCAGAAACUGGGUUAUCAGCAAGCAUCUUUAUACCUCCCCGAUAUCGUGUGCUGAGCCAGCCAAAGUCCAGGGAAAAAUGUGGAAGGAAUUAGACAGCAGCGAUUUUGCGUGUCGACCGAGUAUUGUGUACCCAUCAACAAGCACGACCCUUCGGUCCGCCGACACAAACAUUACCCUUUCCUGUCAAGUCAACGGCAACCCGCUACCCGACGUAAAUUGGGUAUUAAACGCCCAAAUAAUUGAUGGCUCUUAUAAGUACCAGGGCGAAGUUAAAUACUACUUGUCAGAGAGCAGUUACGAAAGUAGCAAAUGGGUCAAUUUAACUAUCGUAGACGCUGGCAGCACCGACAACGGGGAGUAUUUAUGUGUUGCCAAAAACGCUGGAGGAGUCGAGGAAAGAAACCUGACUCUAGUUGUGAUGCACACAGUACCAGAUUUGAUAGUUCCUAGCGGUAUGGAUAAUAAUAUGCUGCCAGUUUUGAUAGGCGUGUCAUGCACGGCAGCUAUUCUAUUAAUAAUUCUAGUCAUUUUGUGCUACUGUUGCUGCAAGAGACGAGGCUCGGAUAAGAAAGCUGAAGCUUCUAAUGGAGAAGCUUUGAUAGAGGGCUCUGUGAUACCUGAAAUGGAGAAGAGUCUAAUUACUGCCGUAAAUCCCGUCACAAAGCCCCCUAGGAGGUACGACGUCCCGCCUUCGAUUACCAGCGGAGCCACGGAGAUGUCAGAAUUGAAUAAAACAUUGCUGGACAAUGAUUCUGUAUUCGCGCAUAAUGACGACGAAAAACGCUCUCUCGACUUCGAUCAUCCAACGAAACGAUCCCAAGAUGGCCUCAACGUAGAGUACGGUCGUACUCCCGAUCUGCUCAUCUCUUUCCCGCCGAGAGCUGCCCAGAUAUCGCCGGCAGCAAGCAACGCGUCCACCGUUCCUGACACCACGAGAUUACCGCCGCAACUCAACCCCGUUAGUCCAAUCCACUCUCCAAUCUACGGAAUGACGACCAACCAGAACUUGUUCCGAACGCUACCAUACUCUCGAUCACAGUCCCCAUUCACGGCUCCCAUCACGCCGCCAGUCGUCACGCCCAGACAAGGAUACGUCACCAUCCCGCGAAGACCAAGGGUACCCAGUUGGUCUAGCACCGCCAGCACCCAAAUCCUUCCCAGCAGUGAAGCUCAAGAGCCGUUGUACGACAACCUGGGCUUACGAACGACAGCUGACGGCUCGAUACUGUCUCUGAACAAAACCGGAUUAGAAGCCCAGUUUUCUCCGAUGAGGAACAGGCCACUGCCAGCCACGCCGAACGCUUUCCAAAGUCCUCAUCACCCUCAAGUAUACUACGCGCCGAUAGAGGAGCAAGAACCAGCGCCAUCUCCCGUGCCGCAAUACAUGACUAAUCCCAGAAACAGCAUCGCGUCUCAGCUGUCCACACCAGGUCCUCAAGAGCCGACAAACCCCAGAAUGAGCUGGACGGCUAAAAACACCUCUACGCCCCAGCCCGAGCCACGGAAGGCUCUAUUCAGCACCGGCUCCGACAACCAAUCCCACGUGUCAGACAGCAGCACUUUGAGUAGAAAAGGAAAGCCCGAGACUGGUUCUUUGAGACGGAACCCGAAGAUCGAAAAGAACGAGGUCUCAAAACAAUCCCCAACGAAGACCUCGCCGUCCAAAGACGACAAAAGGAAGAGUGAAGCCAACGUGUCCUUGAACCAAUCCGGGACUUUGGGAAGGAGUGGGAAGAUUCCACCGCGGCCCCCUCCUAAGCCGAAGAAAAAGCCUCCGACUGAGGUGAACCCUACGGAACCCCUGUUCGAAGACGAGGGCGAGGACGGCACCGAAGUGUAGUAGUCGUGCGGGACAGUGACCGAACCAAAGUGCCAAGCCUAGCAGUUACGUCACAACAGUGAUAUCAGUGAUCAGAGACAGCGUGUAAUCGAAAUACGAUUUCCCUUCACGGUGCUCGUGUAAAUAACGAUUGUGCUAGAUUUUUUACCUAUUGCGUACAAUUAAAACCCUAUGGACCAUUAUUAAGAGUUUUUAAGUGUUUAUUGUAAUUAGCGUAUUAGUUUACACAGCAAAUUGUACACAUGAGUUUCUUUUAAGUAUUUAUUAUUACGGUACUAUUGGUUAAUUAAGGCAUACGGUAGCUACUUUUGCCACAACGACGUUCUGCAUGCAGUUCAAGACUGAUUUUUCUAAAUUGACAGCUUGUUUUUACAUUCCCUUAUACAUUCGCGUAAAUCGAAUUCCAGUUUGGCUUACCAUAGUUCUGCUAGAAUGGUUUGACUAACUUUAGCAUAUUUGUCGAAGACUGAUAAAUGAUUAGCCGCUUUUGGAUUAUUGAUGACGUCAAUAUCCACUAAAGCGUGACGUCAUUGGUUUUUAAAUCAUUUUCAUUUGAAUAUCUGUACACGUUGCAUUGUUUAGUAGCUAUUUUUAUGAAGUUAAGUUUGCUCUUAUAUCAGUAUUUAAACAGGAUUUCACUCAUAUUAACUUGGACGAUGUAAAUAAUUUAAUUAAGAUUAUGAUAAAGGUCAACAAUGAUAAGACACGAACAAAUAGAAAGAUCUCAUUUAUGAAGCACACAAACUACAAUGAUGACGUUAUAUUGGUUACUAAGUUUACAAUAUGCUUCGUGUAUAGAUAUGAGGUCCUUUAUAGGCGUUUGUGUAUAUUACAUACAUGACAUCGUUUUAAAAUGUGUUUGUUUUGUGUAUAAACUUAUUGUAUAAGACGUAGAAAUGACUGUUUGACCUAAUCUAAGAUGUGUUUCUUUAUCUAUACAUUGUUAAGAUUGGUACUUGUAGUUUCUCAAACGCCUACCGAAAUUCAAAUUGGUAACUCUAAAAUAUUUAACUUCGCCUUCUAAGUUAACUUUAUUUUAGUUUUAGUUUGAGGCUGUAUCAAUUAAACAUUUUAUCGAACAUUUUUAACUUUUUUAACAUAUUUGUGAUGAAAUUCAUACAUAGUUCCUAAAAUAUUUGUUUUACAAUAGUAUACCGUUAAGGUAGACGUUUUAUAAGUUAAGCAGCUUUUUAACUAAGUUACUGGUGCUUAUGAUUUUUAAACGUGAUUAUUUAUUUUUAUAUCCGUUUAGUUUUCAAAUGGGAAAGUACAUUUUAUGGGUUUACUAGCUGCUAGUUCGUUUUAUGGUUCCAUAUCAUUAUGUGCUGAGUGUAUUUCUUUCUCACAGAAUGUACAAUGUAUUGAAUUUUUACAAUGUUUACUGUAGACCUCCAGUUUUAUAGUUUUAAGCGCUGUGUACAUAGGAACAUUAUUAUUAAAAGUGAUUAAAGCUAUAUUUCAGUAA